AUGCCGGCUCUCGAACGUCGCUACUUACCGCCGUCGCUCUCGGCGGUAGCGUCCAAGGGCCGUCGACUGUUCUCGCGAGACUCGGCCUCGGGUGGUGUAGAAGACAAGCCAUCGGCGCUCAACCUCAACGAGGCACUCGAGCAGGGCUGGUCCGCAGCUGCCUCGCCCCACUGUCUCAGCAAUCAGCUCCGAUCCCCACCACUCCCGUCGGCCACCCCCGUCAGCAGGGGAGGCAAGGACUUUGGUCGUCGUCGAUCGUCCAAUGCCACCACCACCUCUACCUCCAGCGAUGGCCUGGCAAACGACGGCGUCCAGCGACGUCGCAAGUCGCUCUUUUCCAAAAAGGCGCGAUCCGAACUUCCUUCCGAGCGAGAACUCGACGAGCGCGCAGCAUGGGGUGCCGAACGCUUCAUCGACCCUUUCGCUCAGCGCGCACUUCAGCAAGAUGAAGAUUCCCUCGAUCUGACGUACGGCAACGGCAGAAUAGCUGGGCGGUCCAGCCAGCGAUUCUCGACGCAGCGACAAGAACAGCAGAAGAGAGCAGCGCUGGAGCGCGUUUCGGACCUUGUAUGUCUGGCCGUCGAGAAUCAGAUGGCCAUGUCGAACCAACCAACCGCACCUUCGUCGCCAGAUUUUCAGUCGCCCUCAUCGACGCUGUUCGACACUCUUUCCUAUCAGGACGCCAGCGCCUCGUGGGCCACGAUCGCCGACACUCCCACAGAGGCCGGUGCGACUGGCGGGACGUUGCCGAUGCAGUCAAGUGCGCAGGCGAUGGCGCGCAUGACUUCGAGCGAAGGUCUCGAUGUGGCGGAUUCGGCGUCGUGCAGCAUGUCGCCUUCGCCGUCUGUCAUGUCGACGACCGAUUCCUACGCAACGGGUCCAUCGCUGGCUACCUGGGACACCUUGAACGAGCCUAUGCACGCUCAGCUCGGUGGUCUGGCAGUACCCUGGAGCGCAGAGGAUUCAGUGUUUCAUCAUCGGAUCCUCUUGCCCAGCUCGAUGAAGCGCAUGCCGAGCGCCACGGCGAGAAGCGAUGCGGGCCAGCGAUCCUACGCCUCGCUCAGGGCGCAGGUCGGUCACGGCUUCGAACCCAAGCCGUAUCCACGCGAGCCGUGCAAGUCGUGCGCGUACUCGCCGCCACCUCCCGAGUGGACGGGACUCACCAACGGCUGUACCUCGCUACCGCUUCCGCCGCCACUACGCCCAUCGCGCAAUCCGCUGCGCAAACGUUCCAAGAGCCUCAGCGCAACCGAAGCACGCAGCCAAGCCAAGGAUGCGCACGAUCGUGCGGCGUCGCCUCCUCCACCGCUCCCCUCGCCUCCAGCGGAAGUCGAUCGCGUGGGCGAGGCGGUAGCGCAAGGCCAGUGCGCGUUCGCGUUCGUGCAGACUCCUCCUCGAUCCAGACGCUCCUCCGAGCACCGUCCGAGAUUCGUAAGAUGCGACAGCUUGGCAUCCGCCGCAUCGUCGGGCUCGCUCAAUGCGGCGCCGUUCCAUACGCCCACAUUCGGAUCCCAGAGCUGGUCCUCGCUUCCUGUGGCUUGA